CGAGAUACACGAGAUGGUCGCACCGCACUUUCACUUGCAGCGGAACUGGGCGAUGUUGAGAUAACAGAGAAUCUCUUAAAGGAUGGAGCCGAAGUGAAAGCACUUCAAUACGGUCUCAGCAAGCGUUAUAUAGGUAAUGCUUUUGAUGAGCAGCCUAUGUUGGUCAGUGGUCGUCUUCCAAUCAAUCCAUUGGGCUGCGAUUAAAAGGCAUAGCGCGAUCGUGGAACUGUUGCUGCAAUAUGAAGCAAAUCCAAACGCACGGAAUACCGCUGGAUGGUCGGUUCUUCAAGCUUGUAUGAAAAAGAUCGGUAUUCCGUCAAACUACUGCUGCAGCAUGGUGCAGAUGUUGACACUAGAUGUUAUAGUCGUGGAUGGACCGGGGUUCACAAAGCUGCCAAUUCAAGCUCAGUUGAAAUAUUCAAGGUCCUACUUGAAUACAAUCAUCUACUCGACGUACCCGCCGCCCGACAAGAAGCCUUCGCCCCGUUACGCCUAGCCACAAGAGCAUGUGUCCUCGAAAUGUCGAACAUCCUGAUAGAUAGAGCAAACCCCAACUCCCUGAUUACUCGAAGACAUCAUACCCUCCACCUGGCUGCAGCCGGAGGCUGGGUAGACGGACUCGAUUUGCUGUUGGACAGGGGCGCAUCGAUCAACGCGCAGGAUGCUCGUCUUCGUGAAACACCAUUACACAAAGCAGCACGAAACCUCGAAAUGGCGACCAUCAAAAUAUUAUGUGCGCGGGGUACAAACACGGAGCUGAGGAAUAUCGACGGCCUAACUUAUGAGUCUGUUUUGGGAUGUGCGCAGCGAAACCCUAAGGAUUGGCAUGUCGAGCCGAAAUUGGCCUCGUUUGUAGUUUUUAUUAAGGCAUAAAUGCC